GUUCAAUUAAAUCUUAUAACUGUGCAAAACAUUUUUUUGGAGAAUGGAAAUUCAGUUUUUGUGCCUUUUAGUUGUAAUUUAUUGCACAACAGCAUCAACGGCAUCCACAACAGACUCAGCUGACAAACCAAAGUUUAGUGAUUUUCGUGACUUGAAGCUGGAUCAAAGGGAUUCCUCAAAGGAAAAUGACUCAAACAAGGCUCAUUCGCGGCAAAAACGACUAAUUUGGAUCACAGACGAUGGAAGACUUGCGUUACCGCCUGGCACGGCACUCACAAUUACUCCAAGUUUAACGUUACCUUUGGUGCGUUACCCGCCCGAUGGAUUUUUCUCCAAUAUUUCGUUGAGUUUGCCGGUUACAAUGGAUUUCGAUAAACUUGGACUCACGGAUAACCAAAAUCCGUUGGGAGUGUUGCCUCCGUUGCUAGCUCGGAGUAUGGGACGUGCUGCUGGGACCUUACUCGGCGACUAUAUCAGUCAAUUUUUGAAGUCUCGAGCGAAGAGGAGGGCAAAACGUGAAUUAAGUAACGAAAUGUUUCACAUUGAGUACAACGAGAUACCCGAAAGUGAUGAUGAAAAGCCGCCCAAGCUGCCGGAAUCGCAUCAACAUGCCUUUCAUGGAGGGGAAAGAGCUUUGUUGUAUCCCGUGCUGGAAGAUUUACUUCACACAUUUGGCGUUGAUGGGAGGGCGUGUUUGCUGAGGGCGAUUUGUGAGAUAAAUGCAAAGGAUGUGAAGCAUCUCGGGUUGUUCGGGGAGAUGAUGAAGUUGUUUCUGACAGCGUCACAAUCGCCAUUUGCAGAGUUGAUGGAUGACUAUGUGAAAGCGGAAAAGGUUGGAAAAGGAGAAUUAUCGCCGGCAGAGUGCUUUCCGUACUAUAAAGAGUGUCCGAAGAGUUUGUUUAAGCAGGAUAGGAAUAAAUAUCGGGACAAAAACGCCGAGAACGACACCCGAAACAACCAAAUGUGAUACAAAAAUCGACAACACAAGGAAUAAUUUUUAAGAUGGUUGGCCAUAAUUUGUUUCCCAAAGGGCUUCUACUGU